AUGUCGGGCCCCGGGCCGCGGGAGCCGCCGCCUGAGGCAGGCGCGACGGGCGGCGAGGCGGGCCCCGAGGGCGCGGGCGGCGGGGACGCGGCGCUGGGCGAGCCGGGACUGAGCUUCACGACCACCGACCUGAGUCUGGUGGAGAUGACGGAAGUGGAGUACACGCAGCUGCAGCACAUCCUCUACUCGCACAUGGAGGCGGCGGACGGCGAGCUCGAGGCACGCCUGGGCUCCGCGCUGCUGGCCGGCCCGGGCGCGGGCUCGGGCGCGGCGGGCUCGCUGGCGCCGGCGCCGCCUGUGUACCCAGUGCUGUGCCCGCCGCUGGCGGCCGACGCGCCGUGUCUGGGCCACGUCGACUUCCAGGAGCUGCGUAUGAUGCUGCUGGGCGAGGCGGGCGCAGCCGAGAAGACGCCUGGCGGCGCGGACGGGACGCGGACGCGGGCGGACGGCGCGGCCAAGGAGGGCGCGGGCGGCGCGGGGCCCGACGGCGCGCCCGAGGCCCGGGCCAAGCCGACCGUACGCGUCCGCCUGGAGGACCGCUUCAACAGCAUGCCGGCCGAGCCGCCUGCGCCUCGCGGUGCUGAGCCUGGCGAGUCGGGCGUGGCGCUCAACAAUUUGGUAACUCUUAUUCGACAUCCAUCUGAAUUAAUGAAUGUUCCUCUUCACCAGCAACAAAACAAAUGUACGACCUUAGUGAAAAAUAAAACUGCUGCUGCCACUACUGCUUUGCAGUUCACCUACCCACUGUUUACAAGUGCCUGUUCCACUGGUGGGAAUGCCAGCCUUGCACAGACACAGAGUUCUAGUAACUCAUGUUCUAUACUGGAAGCUGCCAAGCACCAGGAUAUUGGACUGCCUAGAGCAUUUUCUUUCUGUUACCAGCAAGAGAUUGAGUCCACCAAACAGACAGGAGGUAGUAGAAACAAAGCCUUGCCAGAGCAGGUUUGGAUUAAGGUGGGAGAAGCGCUAUGUAAACAAGCAAUCAAUAAGAGGAAUCGGAGUAGAAUCCGCCAGUUGGACACAAGUGUGGAGCGAAGAGCCCUUGGAGAGAUUCAGAAUAUGGGCGAAGGUUCUACAGCUUCACAGGGUACCUGGCAGUCUUCUGAGUCCUCACAGUCAAACCUGGGGGAGCAGACGCAGAGUGGACCCCAGGGAGGAAGGUCUCAGCGUCGGGAGAGGCAUAACCGAAUGGAAAGAGAUAGAAGGCGCAGAAUCCGCAUUUGCUGUGAUGAGCUGAAUCUUUUAGUUCCAUUCUGCAAUGCGGAGACAGAUAAAGCAACAACCCUUCAGUGGACCACAGCAUUCCUGAAGUACAUUCAGGAAAGACAUGGGGAUUCCCUUAAAAAGAGCCCAGCAGGAGUGUGCUGGAGAAUGGGUUCAGAUGGUACAGGAGACCUGGAGCCUUGACAAGGGCCCCGUGAGAGGCCUGCCAGUGACGCAGCCACACUGAACUGGACCUUGCAAUCUUUGUCUUUGUCCCUUUCUAUCAUCUGUGCCUGAGUGGUGUUUCCAUCUGUAUAAUGCAGCCUUGUGAGCGAUUUUUAAGUCCACCUGGAGCACACUUAGAGUACUGCUGCUUACUCUAAUUGGAUCUCUAUGGUUGUUGGUAACAUUGUUUGCUAGAAUAGACUGCUGGUCUGUCUUAAAAUAAAGCUUUACUGUUUGUUAAAAAGAUUUAGUCUUUGGCUUUGUGUACCUAUUUGUGGUAAAUUGUUGAUUUAAUCCAGUCCAAAAAAGUGUUUAUAAUUUUUGAAAUAAAAUCUUAAGAAUAUACUCAAAAGAUCAGGCUUUUAAAACUAAGGAUUUUCUUAUCUUUUUAAGAUUACAAUAUAAUUGCAUGAUUUCCCCCUUACCUUUCCUUCCAAACCCUCCUCCUAUAUAUCCCUCCUUGCUCUCUUUCAAAUUCAUGGCCUCUUUUUUUAUUCAUUGUUACAUGCAUAUCAGUAUAUAUGUGUGUGUGAUACAUAAAUUUCUAAGUAUAUAAGUUGCUUAAUCUGUAUAAUGUUAUUUGUAUAUAUGUUUUUAGGGCUGGCCAUUUGGUAUUGGAUAACCAAUUGAUAUCCUCUUCCCUGAGAAGACUAUUAUAUUUCUAGGCUAUUUUUGAAAUUUUGUCUCACUGAACUUGUAGAUGAUUUCUGGAUCAGAUUAUUGGGCCAUCAUUGGUGUGAACAUACUCAGGCUUGAUUGUUUCCAUAAUAACUUUCCCCUUCUUAUUUGCAUGUAUAUUCUUGUUCUUUAGGAUUCAGUAAUGAGAGUUUUAAGUGUUUUUUUCCCCCAAGUUUUAUUAGUACCCAUUUUGCUCAGAUCUUUCCUAAUGUAACAGGCACCUACUCCAGAUUCUAGGGACCUGGUGGAGAUAAUAGCCCCCGCUGGUUCAGAAGGAGACGGGAAACAACAGUGAGUGGCAGUCAGAUUCUGCCGUAGAGUAGAAGCCCCUCUAGGGCCAGUAGGACUGCAGAGGAGCUUUGGAUUUGAGUCAGGAUGUACAGAGGCUGGGGAAAGGGAAAGGGAGUUGCAGUUGCAAAGAUUUUUCAAGUGGAGGUGCUGAAUGUCAUGGCUGAGGAGAGCAGUGUCUACAGCCUCACUUGUAGGGUUGAAGGGGGCACAGGAUUGUCAAUCCAGAGUGCAGUGAUUCUGGGGUCUUCCUAAGAACCAGAACCCCUGAACAGAUUUUGGCAGAGAGAUACAUGGUCAGAGUACAUUUUAUAUUCAUUACUUGAUAUUGGCGAGCUGGUAGGAGGCUGCAGCUAUAGCUCUGGAAACAGACUCAGCCAAAAGGUCGAGAAUGGCCCCCAACUCAGCAUUGCUGUGGUAUACUGAGUGUGGGACACAAUGGAAAGGUGUAGGGAUGGCUUGCAGCCCAUCUUUGACUGGACAUGCUGUACUUUUGGGUCUGGCCAGCUCCUAAUGGAGAUGCAGAGGUGUUGGCAGAUGAAAGUAUGAUAUUAGGUAGAUGACUACUGCAUGACAGUGUUCUAACAAGCAUGUGUAGAACCAUGAAUACCUGUGUGCCCAUCACCUAACCCCUCAGUUGAUGUGCUAUUACUUCAUUUUUAAUUUUAUGUGUAGGAGUGUUUUGCCUGCAUGUAUGUCUGUAAACCAUUUGUAAGCAUGGUGCCAUGGAGGCCAGAAGAGGGCGUUGGAUCCCCUGGAGCUGGAGUUAAUACGGUUGGGACCAGCCAUGUUGGUGCUAAAAAUUGAACCUGGGUCCUCUGGAAGAGCAGCCAGUGCUCUUAACCACUGAGUCACACACACACACACACACACACACACACACACACACACACACACACACACCGCCCACCCACACAUGAACAAUUACAGGUUUGGAUCUUCAUCUAGAAAGGUUUCUACAGAGGCCUCACAAAACUGGUGGCAAUGUCUAAUACCCAGUCUAAUACCACAUUUCUGUAAGGAUUCUUUUAGGUUGUUCAAGACAGGGUUUCUCUGUGUAACCCUGGCUGUCCUGGAACUCACUCUGUAGACCAGGCUGGCCUCAAACUCAGAGAUAUGCCUGUCUCUGCUUCCUGAGUGCUGGGAUCAAAGGUGUGUGCAUUGGUCUUUUGCCUGAAUGUAUAUCUGUGAGAGGGUGCCAGAUCCCUUGGACCUGAAGCUACAGUUGUACACUGCCAUGUGGGUGCUGAGCAUUGAACCCCAGUCGUCUCUGCCAGUGCUCUUAAUUGCUGAGCUAGCUCUCCAGCCCCUCUGCAAGGAUUCUUCCAGUGACCUCUGUUGAAGUUUUUAGUUGUUUGGUUUUUUUAUUUUUGUUUUUGUUUUUUGUUUUUUGAGGACAAGAUUUCUCUGUGUAUCCCUGGCUGUCCUGGAACUUGCUUUGUAGACCAGGCUGGCCUCAAACUCAGAGAUCUGCCUGCCUCUACCUCCCAAAUGCUGGGAUUAAAGGUGUGCACCAUCACUGCCUGGCUUAGAGUUUUUGUUUUGUUCAUCCUGUUUCUCCCUCACUAUUCAACCAUGACUUAUGAACUGUAUUUCAUUCUGCCCUUCAGUCUAAGCGACUAAAAUCCCAUCAUCCUUGUUUAUAGUGGCAUUGAGGUUUGAAGAGAUCUGGCCAGUGGUCUGAAAUGUCCCCUUCUUGAUUUGGGUUACUGGUGGUGAUUUUUUUAGUUAUAAAGUAAUUUCAGACGUAAAUAUCACAAGAACCCAUCUAGGCUUGCUCAGUGUCCAGGUUGCUUGUGUGUCUGAGUGAUCUGUUAGAAUUAUGGAUGCCAUCUUAUACCUUAGUUCUCCAUUGUUUGCCUUUUGUAGUCUUACAUAAGCAGAACACUGUGGUCAAGAUUAGCAUGUGGAGCAUUGGUGGGCACUGGUACCUAGCACUGUUAAUGUUUACAUUUUGUUCCUUGUCCUAAUAAUGCCCACCUCCACAGCUGUUUCCCUGGUUGGGAUCUAGUCCAGGGCCACUGGUAGGUAACAUUUUAUUGUGGUGUGAAAGGCUAUUAGGGAUCUGUGGCUAUGAACCUCAGCAAGGUAUUCAAGGCUGCUGAGCCCCACUGCCAUCACAUGGCUCAUCUGCUUUGCCUUCCUCUUGUCACCAAGGGAGGGGUCCUCUUUGCUAUGAAGUCAUACCUUCACUUGGUUAUUCCCAGACCCUGUCCUGACACACAGGUCCUGAACCCAAGCAUUUUCCCCUAAUUUAAUGAAAACCGAUGCUAUUUUUCCUAGUGUUCUAGGGAACUCUUUAGGUCCGUUGCCCCCUGCUGGCAUUGCCUUGUUCUUUGCCCUCCUUACUGAUAGCUUAAAACCACCUAUGUGCCCCCUCUAAACCUCACCCUUCUCUGAGGCCUCCUCCUAGAAGCCAGAGAGGGGUCCAGGGGGCCCUGAAGACAUUCCUUGGCUUUCUGCACAGGCUUCUAGGACAUCACCCUCCUGGGGGUCCACUCCUGAGUCUGUCUUUUCCUUAGCUUUUUAAUUAUGAACCGUCCCUAGCUUAAUCUGGGAGCCUGGACCUGAGCAGCCAAGGCAGGUAAAAUGUCUGCCCUUUGCUGUGCAGUGUCCACUGUUUGGGUAGACAGUGGUGUGCCUUCCUGAGUCUAGAGCCCCUCCAUCAUCCUUUCUAGCCUAGACUCAACCUUUUGCUCUCAGGGUAGAGAAGAUGCCCCUUGCAGAGACUGCACCCAGGCUUUUUGAGUACCAUCUUCCUUGCAGAGGUUCUGAGGCCCUCAUGGCAAGACUCUUGAGGGUCUAUGCCUACCAUUGACAGCUGGCAGCCCCUGGCCUGUUUGCCUUCUAGUACUGCUGUGUCCCAUGCUCUGAUAUGCAUAAACCAGAAGUGGUAUUGUGUAUAUGAUGGAGAAUGUGGUCCAUUAAACUUCAUCCUUUAUGAUCUCAUCCAAGUACAGCCCCUGCUGCAAAACAGACCCAAACCAGGUAAGUGUCAUUUAUGCAGCUUGUGGGGUGGCCCUGCCUGGGUGCACUGGGGAGCUGAACUCUCUCUACCACUGACUUCACCAGAUGCUGAGGUCCAAUGUGGAACUGAUACAGCAGGUAAUAAACACAGCUUCCCAGAGAAGAAAAGACUGUCACUAGCACUGGAUGGGCUCUGCAGUGUGGAUGAAGAACCCAGCAGCUAGAGCUUUUGCUGAGGCUGGUAUAGUGUCAUUGCCACAGCACAGCCUGUGUUCAAGGUCAGGGUUGGGACAUGGAGCUUGAUGACUACAAGUUUCUAAAUGUCCUCAUAAGAGCAUGGUUGGCACAGAUGGAGCAGUAGGAAGCCAAGAGAUAGAGUCAUACUUCUCAAAUACUCUCGAAUUCUCAGGAAACUGCUGUUACAGGAUUUUUUUUCCCUCUCUAGAACAUGCCACCAGAAGUACCUAUUGGCCACCCAGCAAGUACCUAUAACUUAUAUGUCACUAAGUGGCCAAAAUUAUGCAGUGCUCUGUUCUAAGAAUAAAGUGUCUUACACAAAAUAACCCUGUACUCCUUGUCAUGCUCUGUGCCUGCCUUGCCCAUGGACUAUUCUGGGUCCCUCCUUGCUGAGGGCUGUGCUCCAGCUUCCUUGAUUUAUUCUGUAUGCAUUAAUAUUUUUUGUCAAAGUUUGCUUUUUAUUAAUUAAAUACCCAUCCUUCCCAAAUUAAAAAUUUAUAUUCUUUAGUCUCUUCCUAACGAGUGCAUUUAAAGCAAACAUUUCUUUUUUUCUUUGUAUUAGGGUUAGGAAACAAGACCUCAUAGCUCAUGUAGCCCAGGCUGGCCUCAGACUCUGUGUAGCUGAGGUUGACCUUGAACUUCUGGUCUUCCUGCCUUUUCUUCUCAAGUGCCAGAAUUACAGGCAGUUUAUGCUGGGGAUUGGACCCAGGGCAUGAGUACCUCUCAACUCCACCUUCCUCUCAGGUCUACUCCCAGAAGCAUUUAGUUACUGCUCUCAUACUGUUCAGCCAGAGAUGGGCCCAGGCAGGCCCUCAAGACAUCCCUUGGCUUUCUGCACUGGUUUCUAGGACAUCACCCUCUUGGGGCCAAGGAUGUGACUCAGUGGUAGAGCAUUUGUAAGGCCCUGGGUUUGAUCUCCAAUGCUGGAAAACAAAAACAAGACAAUGAGAUACCACUUCAAUAUCAAUCAAAUAUCAGGAGAACAAAACAAAAUCUGAAAAUAACCAGAGUUAGGAAAGAUCUGGAGGAAUUCUAACCCUUGUGUGAGCUUUGAUGAUGAAAUGUGAAGUAGUGCAGCUACUGUGGAGAACAGUAUGGUUCUCUGAACAGAACUGCCAAAAGACCCAGCAAUUCUACACAGUGUAAAUCCAGGAGAUUGAAAACAAGAAUCAAACUGACAUUUGUCUCUGAGCAUUCACAGCAGCAGUGCUUAUCAACAGAGAGUGGACAAGCAGAAUGUUUUGUGGACACCCAUGGCAAUGUUCAGCCAUGAGAAGGAUUGACCGUCUGGCACCUGCUGUACGGACACUCCUUGACAAACUGGGUGAGAUCAGCUAGUCACCAAUGUGAGGUCCCUGGAUAGAUCUGACUCAGUGAUGGAAACUUACUGGUGUGUGUCAGGGCAGGCAAUGGGAUGCCAUGGUUAAUGAGGACAGAGUUUCUGUUUGGAAUGAUAAGAGACAUUUUGGAAGAAGCUUCUGGUGAUGGACACUGUACUGUGUUCUUAAUGCCUUGGAAUUGUAAACUUGCAAGUGGUGAAAACACCAAAUUUUACUAUACAUAUUUACCAAAGCAGGAACAUACAAACCUAGAUUUAUGAGUCUAGAACACUAUACAUAAAAAAAGAAAAAAAUUUCUAAACAUGAACAGAAACAAUAGAACAGUGAAGGCCCACAUCCAUGAACCCAGCCUCCUCCCACUUUAGUGAGUUAGAGCACUUCCUGCUAUUUUCUUUCAUUUGUAGACAGCUAUUCCGAUGUCUGCCUCUGCACUCAUUUGUGUAUUUGAAUUGAAAUCCAAAUACUGGUCCCUUUCCUCUCAGGGUCACUUAAUCUUGUAGGAAUUCCCACAUUCUGCAUUUCACAAAUUCAUAGAAAUGGUUAAUUACUUAUUUCCUGCAUCUUCUAGGCUAGUCUUCUUGAGUGUCUCCCCCACCCUCCCAAUACUUGGGCCAUCAGACUUGGUGUAGCUAUCUGGUGACAUUGAGGCCAACCCUGUGUUUAGGGGGCCAGCCUUGUGGAGACUUUAGACCUAAGGCCUUUUAAAAGGCAGGGGAAGCCGGGUGAAUAAGCAGAGACUAGCAGCCUUGCAGGGAGUUGCUCUUGGUCUCACUGUGUGCAGGGACUGUACCUAGUCCUUGGCUGACCAAGGAUCCUCAGCAGUGUGUGUGAAGGGACAGCCACCGACCUGGAUACAAAUGAUGAAAAUGGUAUAUUUUAUGUUUUUUAACCAUAAAAAUGGCCAUUUUGGCAUAUACUCAGACACUGAGAAUUUAUUGGAAACUCUUUUAAAAAAAUACAGUAUAACCGCUAUUGAGGGAAAUUUUUUUUUCCUGUUUUCUCACAUACCUCCUUACCAAGGUGUGACAUUUGUGAUACCUUAGCUCAUACUUUGAGAUACUUUACAUGGCUCCUAAUUUCAGCCUCUUGUGCUUUUGAAACUAGCAGCGUUCACAUCUUUGAACUCAGUGCAUUAAUGAUCACUUCUUGACUUUAGGAAUUUGAGAGCGUGUUUUGCGGUAAGACUGGCAGAAGGCUAAAGCUGACCAGACCCGAAUCCCUGGUGACCUGCCCUGCACAGGGCAGUCUGCAGAGCAGCCCCGCCAUGGA